AUGCCUGCCUACCUUUACUCUGAGAGUCGAGGAGGAUCCAAUACAUUUAGUAAUCUGCCAGCUAUUCCAGGAGGUAUCUAAGGAGGCUGACAGGAGGAGUCUAAAGGUCUCUCUUACAGCCAGUGGCAGCUAAACGUGGUCUGAUGUUGCAAACCGUCUCUCUUUUUUCACACUCACGUAUAGUACUCUUCAACCGUGCUGCUGCUCCUGCUGCCACUGUCUGAAAGGAACCUGACAUACCACACAGGGAAUUUUGAUUUCUUCUGGGGGGACAAAAAAAAAAAGACUGGAAACACCAUCUGGAGGCUGUGAAGAAGACAUACAGUAGUAGCAAGAAGUGGCAAGCCCUUUCCUUAUUAAACCCAAAAAAAGGAGAAAACCUAACUUUUCUGCCAGGUGUAUGGGACUUAGAUUCUUGAAACACUGCACUGAACUGUUAAAGACUGGGAUUAGAACAGAAAAGCUCAGUCCUGAAAAAGAGCUUGUAGCAUGCAGAGACAAUGGAGGGUUUGUUCAUGGAGAUGAGAGAGAAGUAUUCCUUAUUCUCACUGAAACAAAAAGCCAUUGGCAGGUUUGAAGACUGAAGGAACCUGGGACACCCCAUAGACAUGUCUGUCAAGAGGAGAUACAUUUUCUGAAUUCUCCUUAAGCCUUCAUUCAAAGUGUUGCCAUCAUAUUAAGUCCUGAACAUAGCAGAACUGGAAGAGUUAGUUGAAAUAAACAAGAUUGACUGGAGAUGUUUGAAAUUCCCGAGAGAAGCUGAGGUGCAUUCCCUGGAGGGUAAACUAUGACCACUUUACUAUUAGUGUUUGUGUGUUUGCGAAUCAUCACUGCAGCGACCUCUGUGGAAGUUUCAGAUCAUGGUAGCACAUUGAGUGUGAGCAUACCUGAACAGUCUCCUCUGCGUGUCGCCCUGGGAAACUCUCUGACUAUCCCCUGCUACUUCAUCGAAUCAUUGGAUCAUGUCGCCACAGCCCUCUAUACACCUCCUCUGACCCCAAGAAUCAAAUGGAGCAGACUCUCUAAUGGGAAGGAAGUCGUCUUACUAGUGGCCACAGAGGGGCAGGUUCGAAUCAACACAGAGUACAAGGAGUUGAUCUCUCUGCCCAAUUACCCUGCCAUUCCCACCGAUGCCACCUUGGAAAUCAAAGCUCUGAGGUCCAAUGACACUGGGACCUAUCGUUGUGAGGUGAUGCAUGGUAUUGAUGACAGCCAGGAUACAAUAAAUGUUGAAGUGAAAGGAAUCGUGUUCCAUUACAGAGCCAUCUCCUCCAGGUAUACUUUGGACUUCGAGAAGGCAAAGCAGGCGUGUAUCCAGAAUAGUGCUGUCAUUGCUACCCCUGAACAGCUGCAGGCUGCCUAUGAUGAUGGGUUUGAUCAGUGUGAUGCCGGCUGGCUGGCUGACCAGACUGUCAGGUACCCAAUGCAUCAUCCCCGAGAGGGUUGCUAUGGUGACAAGGAUACGUUUCCUGGAGUGAGGACCUAUGGCAUUCGUGAGACAAAUGAAACAUACGAUGUUUAUUGUUACGCAGAGGAAAUGCAAGGUGAAGUCUUCUAUGCCAGCUCCCCACAGCAGUUCACGUUCCAGGAAGCCGCAGAGAAGUGCCAUAGACUUGGAGCCCGUUUGGCCACCACCGGAGAGCUAUACCUGGCAUGGAAGGGUGGCAUGGAUAUGUGCAGUGCAGGUUGGCUGGCAGACCGCAGCGUUCGGUAUCCCAUCUCCAAGGCACGUCCCAACUGUGGCGGGAACCUGGUGGGAGUGCGGACGGUGUACCUCCAUGUCAAUCAGACGGGGUACCCUUACCCCCACUCGCGCUAUGAUGCAAUCUGCUACAUAGAUGAGGACUUAGCCCCUGAAAACUUCACCAUCCAGACCGUCACUGAGAGAGAAGAAGAGAUGCCUCCCUCACACAGUGUCACCGAGGAGGAAGCCCGAGGUAGCAUUGCAACUCUAGAGCCAAUCAACCUCACGGCCACUGCGUCAGAGCUGUAUGAAGGCUUCACUGUGACUCCAGAUCUCUUUGCCACUGGUAUCACUGCCGAGACGGCUUUCACCGAGGCAGAGAACGUGACUGAAGAGGCAGUCACAGCUGUAGGGGUGACUCCUGAGGAGGUCACCACCUCGGUCUUGGAGACUCUUUUCACCAGUGAGGCCCUGGAGGCGAGCUCUGUGAAGGAGGUCAUGGGGGUGACUGCCACACCGGAACUAGAGUCUGCCUCGAUGGAAGAGGCGAUUGUGCCAGUGACAGCCGCUCCUGAAAGUGGCCUUAUUCCCAAGAAGCCCAUUUCUCCCACUGGUGUCGUGUUUCAUUACCGACCAGCCUCCGACAGGUAUUCCCUCACCUUCACCAAAGCCCAGCAGGCCUGCCUGGAUAACAAUGCCGUCAUUGCCACACCCGAACAGCUGCAGGCUGCCUACGAGGCUGGUUUUGAUCAGUGUGAUGCUGGCUGGUUGAGGGACCAGACUGUCAGAUACCCCAUUGUGAACCCACGGAGUAAAUGCAUAGGAGACAAGGACAGCUCCCCAGGCGUUCGGACGUAUGGAAUGCGCCCAGCUUCUGAGAUGUUCGACGUGUACUGCUACAUAGACAAAUUACAGGGCGAGGUGUUUUUUGCAACCCAGCCAGACGAGUUCACCUUCUUAGAAGCCCAGGAAUACUGUGAGACCCAGAAUGCCACCCUGGCCUCUGUUGGGCAACUUCAUGCCGCCUGGAAGCUGGGCCUGGAUAGAUGCCAUGCUGGCUGGCUUGCUGAUGGCAGCAUCCGAUAUCCCAUUGUGACCCCACGUCCUGCUUGUGGGGGAGACAAACCUGGUGUGAGAACCAUCUACUUGCACCCCAACCAGACAGGAUUCCCUGAUCCACUGUCAAGACACCAGGCAUUCUGUUUCCGAGCCCUACCAUCUCUGCAAGAGGUUGAAGAGGUCACCCCAUUCUUUGUUGAGGAGCACAUUGUACCCCAGAUGAUCCCUGGAUUGGAGGAAGUACCCUCUGGAGAGGAGACAACUGUGGAAACUGAAUUUACCACUGAACCUGAAAAUCAGACGGAGUGGGGAACGGAAGUCUUUCCAACUGACAUUUCCUUGCUAUCAGUGAGUCCAUCAGCUUUCCCUCCUAUUAGUGCAAUACCAGAGGAGCCAAGUGCAGAGACUUCUCUCAGUGGAGUGCCUUCAGGAGAGAUAUCUGCAUCUGGAGUACCUGAAACCAGUGGUGAACCAUCAGCUUCUGGAUGGAUAUCUGGAGAAUCAGCUUCUGGAGCAUUGGAACCUAGUGGAGAGCCUUCAGGGAUCGAAGAAAGUGGAUUGCCAUCAGUAGACCUGGAUUUCAGUGGACUUCCUUCUGGACUGCCAUCAGGGGAUGAUAGUGGGAUGCCCUCGGGUAUUGAAGUCAGUGGGUUACCGUCUGGCGAGGAAGACGUGUCUGCUUCUGGAAUCCCGGAACUUAGUGGGAUAACAUCUGGACUGCAAGAAACCAGUGGAAUUCCAGAAACCAGUGGGCUGCCUUCUGGAGAAGUCUCUGGUGUUGAUCUUCCUAGUGGCCUGCCAUCCGGAGAGUAUGAUGAAAGCGGACUCCCAUCUGGGUUUCCAACUGUCUCUCUUGUGGAUACGACUUUGGUGGAAGUUGUCACAACAGUAGCAGGAAGGGAACUGGAAGGAAAAGGAACAAUUGGGCUCAGUGGAGAAGGAGACCUAUCGGGGUUACCAUCUGCUGAAUGGGACAUUAGUGGGAAAAUCAGUGGAUUGCCCUCAGGAUUUGAUUUCAGUGGAGCACCCUCUGGGAUACCUGGGAUACCUGAUAUCACACCAUCUGGGUUACCUGAUAUCAGUGGAGCACCAUCUGGGAUACCUGAUAUCAGUGGAGCACCAUCUGGGUUACCUGAUAUCAGUGGAGCACCAUCUGCGAUACCCGAUUUAAGCGGCCUCAUAGACCUAAGUGGCUUCGUUUCUGGUGUUGAUAUAAGUGGAGAGUCCUCAGGCAUAACCUUUUUAAAUGCCAGUUUGGUUGAAGUGACAACCCCAUCUAUUACGGAAGCAGAAGCAAAAAAGUUUUUGGAAAUCAGUGGCUUGCCCUCUGGUGAUGAAGAUAUAUCAGGCACAGUGUCUGGAAUUUUGGAUGCUAGUGGUCAUCCUUCUGGGCAAAUAGACUUCAGUGGUGGGGUUUCUGGAGCUCCUGAAAUGAGUGGACUGCCAUCUGGAAUUUAUGAUUAUAGUGGACUCCCAUCUGGCUUUCCCACUAUCUCUCUUGUGGAUACAACUUUAAUGGAAGUUGUAACCCCGACAUCUGUUGCACAAGAGGUAGGAGAAGGGCCAUCUGGGAUAUUAGAAAUCAGUGGACUUCCUUCAGGGGAAAGAGAAACAUCUGGAGAAGUAUCAGGAGUUAUGGAUAUUAGUGGGUUGCCAUCAGCAACAAUAGACAUCAGUGGAGAGCCAUCAGGAGUCCCAUAUUUUAGUGGAGAGAUUUCUGGAGUCACAGACUUAAGUGGAGAAUCCUCAGCAGUGACUGGAGUCAGUGGGGAGGCCUCAGGACUUCCAGGAGUCACCUUGGUUACUUCUGAGUUGGUGGAAGUUGUGACAAAACCAACAGUUUCACAGGAGCUAGGUGGAGAAACAGCCAUCACACUCCCCCAUAUUUUUGAGUCAAGUGGGGAUGGCUCUGCAUCUGGAGAAAUUGGUAGAGAGACCUCAGCAUUUCCUGAAAUUACUGUAGAAAUAUCUGGAAUUCCUGAAAUUAGCAUAGAAACAUCUACAGCUCCUGAAACUAGUGGUGAAACAUCUGGAUUGCCUGUAAUUACCAUAGAAAUUUCUACAGUUCACGAAACUAGUGGUGAAACAUCUGCAAUAUCUGAAAUUAGCAUAGAAACUUCUACAGUACACGAAACCAGGGACAAAGAAUCUGUAUUGCCUGAAAUUAGCUUAGAAACGUCAACAGUUUACAAAACUAGUGGUGAAACAUCUAUAAUACCUGAAGUUAACACAGAAACAUCUGACAUAGCUGUGGUCAGUGGUGAAUCUCCUGCGGUACCAGAAGAGAGAAGAGAAGAUUCUUCAGGAACAUCCACACCCACACUCCCAUUUCCAGAUGUUUCAGGGGAAACCUUUGUGCCAGAUGUUGUAAUUAAUACCAGUAUGCCAGACAUUGAAUUAACACAAGAUCCCAUGGGUCCUGAAGAGGCCCAGCUUGAAAUACAGUUCUCUACCCCCAUGGCAUCAGAACAGGAGACAGAAGUAGCUGUUGUUCUAGAAACUCUAGAGAUAGUACCUACUGCCACUGCUAUCUUGCCUCAGGUUUCACCAGAAGCCACCGAUGUGCCAGAACCCACUGCAAAAGCUACACCCAUUACAUGUGAUGAGAAGCCCUGUGGAGCUGGGACCUGCCAGGAAAUAGAUGGAAACAUCACCUGCUUGUGCCCACCUGGGUACAUGGGUGACCACUGUGCUAUAGACAUUGAUGAGUGCCACUCAAGCCCCUGUCUGAAUGGAGCUACCUGCGCUGAUGGCAUCGACUCUUUCAAAUGCUUAUGCCUUCCCAGCUACGGAGGGGACCUGUGUGAGAUCGACCUGGAGGAUUGUGAUGAGGGCUGGACCAAGUUCCAGGGCCAUUGUUACAAGCACUUUGAACAGAGAGAGACAUGGGUGGAAGCUGAGACCCGGUGCCGGGAACAUCAAUCCCAUCUGAGCAGUAUCAUCACUCCAGAAGAACAAGAGUUUGUGAACAACUACGCACAGGAUUACCAGUGGAUUGGACUCAGUGAUAGGGCCAUUGAACAUGACUUCCGCUGGUCCGAUGGAAACUCCCUCCAAUAUGAGAACUGGAGGCCCAACCAGCCCGACAACUUCUUUGCGGCAGGAGAGGACUGUGUGGUGAUGAUCUGGCAUGAGCAAGGAGAGUGGAACGAUGUCCCAUGCAACUAUCACCUCCCUUUCACGUGCAAGAAAGGAACAGUUGCCUGCGGGGACCCACCUGUGGUCGAGAACGCCAGGACCUUUGGAAGGAAGAAGGACCGAUAUGAAAUAAACUCCAUGGUGCGGUACCAGUGUAACCAGGGCUACGUACAACGCCACGUGCCCACGAUUCGGUGCCAGCCCAAUGGCCACUGGGAGGAACCACGGAUAGCCUGCAUAGAUCCCUCCAUCUACAAACGCAGACUACACAAGAGGAGCCCAAGGAAUCGGUCAAGACCCAAUGGCAGAGAGGCACAGACACCCACCCAUUAGAGAGGGGAGCGAGAGAUUUUUACCAAAAUUAUAUUAGCAGAGUCAGUGUCUUCUUCUUGAUGUUGUUGCUUUUUGUCAUAUAAGGAAAAAAAUAUAUUAAAGAAAAACUCCACCUUUGUGUAUAUAUAUCAAAAACAAACCAACCUCAGCACACCAAAGCACCG